UGUGAUUGUGAGAGCCUCUUCUUUCUUUGCUUUUUGUUUUCACCUGCCAUGGAGAGCACUUUCUGGUAGCAGAUUAGUGGUGUGAGGCUUGUAAUCUUCGGUGAAAACGAGGCUAUUGGCAACUGAGAAAGGCGGGACGUGAAUAUGGGGAAUAAAGAAUCGAGAAGUAACAGCGGCUACUACUAUGAUUCGCGCAGUUAUGACUCCCGAUCAUUUCGAAGCUCAUCCAAUCGCUCUUCAUUUUCUGAGAAUUACCAUGAUCAUGAAAGAAAAGGCACGGUACAGUCAAAAUACUCCAAAAUCGGUGAUGAUUACAGCUCGCUGGAACAGGUCACAAAUGCUCUUGCUCAAGCUGGCCUCGAGUCUUCCAAUCUUAUUGUGGGUAUCGAUUUCACAAAAAGCAAUGAAUGGACAGGUGCGCGAUCAUUCAACCGCAAGAGCCUACAUCACCUUGAGCAUACCCCUAAUCCGUAUGAACAGGCAAUAUCUAUAAUUGGGAGGACGCUCUCCAGUUUCAAUGAAGACAAUCUCAUUCCUUGUUUCGGUUUUGGCGAUGCUACGACGCAUGAUCAGGAAGUCUUUAGCUUUUAUGCCGACAAUAGACCAUGUGAGGGCUUUGAGGAAGUUCUUUCCCGUUACAGAGAUCUUGUUCUGGAUGUACACUUGUCUGGUUAG